GUUAACUUUACUUUUUAACUUUUAAAAUCUAAUCAUGUCUACUGCGGGCCAAGUAAUUAAAUGUCGUGCUGCCGUUGCUUGGGAAGCCGGAAAGCCUUUAAGUAUUGAGGAAAUUGAAGUAGCACCUCCAAAGGCUCAUGAAGUUCGUAUUAAGAUCCUUUAUACUGGUGUUUGUCACACUGAUGCUUAUACUCUUUCUGGUGUUGACCCCGAAGGAGUUUUCCCUGCUAUUUUAGGUCAUGAAGGUGGUGGAAUUGUUGAAUCAGUGGGUGAAGGUGUAACAGAUGUUGCUGUAGGCGAUCAUGUCAUUCCACUUUAUACAGCUGAAUGUCGUCAAUGUAAAUUCUGUAAGAGUGGAAAAACAAAUCUCUGUGGUGCUGUUCGUGCUACUCAAGGUCGUGGUUUAAUGCCUGAUGAAACUGUUCGUUUUACAUGUAAAGGAAAGCCCAUCUAUCAUUAUAUGGGUACAUCUACUUUUUCAGAAUAUACAGUUGUUGCGGAUGUUUCUGUUGUUAAAGUGGACCCUAAACCUAGUUUGCAGAAGCUUUGUCUUUUAGGCUGCGGUAUUACUACUGGUUUUGGUGCUGCUACCAAGACAGUCCAAGUUGCUGAAGGAGAUAGUAUUGCUGUCUUUGGUGUUGGUUGUAUCGGUCUUAGUGUUAUCCAAGGUGCUGUUUAUAAUAAGGCUAAGCGUAUCAUUGCUAUUGAUAUAAACUCCAAAAAGGAAAAAGUGGCUCGUGAAUUCGGUGCAACUGAUUUUGUCAAUCCUACUGAGCUUAAAGUACCAAUUCAACAAUAUCUUGUUGACAUGACCGAUGGUGGACUUGAUUAUACAUUUGAUUGUACAGGUAACGUUGAAGUGAUGAGAGCUGCUCUUGAAUCCUGCCAUAAGGGUUGGGGUGAAUCUGUUAUUAUUGGCGUUGCUGCUGCUGGUAAGGAAAUUAGUACAAGACCCUUCCAAUUAGUCACUGGCCGUGUAUGGCGUGGUUCUGCUUUUGGUGGUAUUAAGGGACGUUCUGAAAUGGGCGGAUUAGUUCAAAAGUAUUUGGACGGUCAAUUGAAGGUGGACGAAUAUAUUACACAUACUUUUGAUUUAGGAGACAUUAAUAAGGCCUUUGAUGCUAUGCAUGCUGGUGAUUGUGUUCGUUCGGUUGUUACCGUUCAAAAGGAAUAAAUAUUUCAUUUGCAUCUCCUUUUUUUUUUCUUCCUAACAUGUACAUAACGUUUACUUCUCCUUGUUAUUAAAAUCUUGAUACAUAU